AUGGAGACAUCGGAAAGUGCGGGCCCAUCCUCGCCUGGAAGACAAUGCAGCGACGGCAAGAAGAAGAGGAAGAUCGCGGACAUCACACAAGCGCUCAGUGCUAGUCCUGUGGAUGUAGCAGCCCUGAGGAGGAUGGCUAUCAGUGAAGGAGGUCUGCUGACUGACCAGAUCCGCUGUCAGGUGUGGCCGUGGCUGCUCAACGUGCCGCCUCUUGUGUUGGAACAACAACCAGAAACCGUGGAUCGGGAAAACAACAAGGAUUACAACCAGGUGCUGCUGGAUGUUCAGCGCUCACUGCGGAGAUUUCCCCCAGGUAUGCCAGAUGAGCAGAGAGAGGGUUUGCAAGAGGAGCUAAUAGACAUUAUCCUUCGAGUGCUGAAACGGAAUCCUCAGUUGCACUACUAUCAAGGAUACCACGACAUUGUUGUCACGUUUUUAUUAGUUGUUGGAGAGCAGCGAGCAACGGCUUUGGUGGAAAAGUUGUCCACUCAUCACCUCAGGGACUUCAUGGACCCCACUAUGGACAAUACAAAACAUAUACUGAACUAUCUGAUGCCCAUUAUUGAAAGGGUCAAUACUGAAGUUCAUGAUUAUAUGCAACAGUCAGAGGUGGGUACAGUCUUCGCACUAAGCUGGCUGAUCACCUGGUUCGGCCACGUCCUGUCAGACUUUAGACACGUAGUGCGGUUAUAUGACUUCUUCCUCGCCUGCCAUCCAUUAAUGCCCAUCUAUUUUGCUGCUGUAAUUGUUCUGUACAGAGAGGAAGAAGUACUUGAGUGCGAGUGUGACAUGGCCAUGGUGCAUCACCUGCUGUCUCAAAUCCCUCAGGACCUCCCCUACGAGACCCUGAUCAGUCAGGCUGGAGACCUGUUUGUCCAGUUCCCUCCCUCUGAACUGGCCAAAGAGGCUGCCUCCCAUGACAGCAUGGCUACCACAACUUUUAAGGACUUUGAGCUUGCCUCUACUCAAAGACCAGACUCGGUUCUUCGGCGCCGGCGCAGACAGAAGGGGGCGGGUCCUGUAGACAGCCUCGCCCCCUCGGCAGUGGCGGUGGCGGCUCGGCCUUCAGUUGCCCGGCGCUUCGUCCGACUGGCCGUCAUGGGGCUGACUGUGGCUCUUGGGGCGGCCGCUCUCACUCUUGUAAACACUGCCCUGGAGUGGGCCCCCAAGCUCGACCUGUUUCCUUGA